UUUUGUGAGGGGUGAAUGUGGGAGGUGUCCUUGGUUUUGGGCAGUUCUUCGUAUAGUUCUCCUCAUUCCCUGAACCCCCUUCUUCGCCCCCUCCUCCUCCUCCUCCACGUCCUCCUCCUUUAUCCUUCUCCCCUCUUUUAUCCAAGGGUUCACAGCCCCCACAUUCUCACAGCGACUCAGAGCCGUGGAGCGUCACAUGCCAACAUGAGUGUCCUGCCAUGCAGUUUCCUCUUCCUCCUCCUCCUCUGCCUCCCCAUCCUCACUGAGACCAAGCGGCUGCCUGGUCAGGGGAAACCCGACAAAGCCCGCCAGCCUCCGCCGUCACCCCAACCGGCCAAGAGACCUAGAAACCGCUCAGUUCCCGGCUCUGGAGAGCUGACCACCAAGGAGGGCCAUCGCUGCACUUGGCAGACGUCUGGUGAAAGCGUGGUGAGCCUGCUGGUGAACUGCAGCACUGAAACACUGGGAGACCAGCAGAGGUAUUGGUGUCGUUAUGCCGGUAAACCAGACCUUUGCCAGGCCUAUGGGGUGAAGUCCAGCCAGUACUGGAAGCAGCUGGUAGGGAAGCUGAAGAAGAGGCAGAACGCCUGCGAAGGAGAGAAAGUCCUGAAGGCCAAAACCUGCAAGAAGGCUCCCACUGAGGCCUACAUGAAGCUCGCCCAACGCAAUGGAGAGGAGGAGGGGAAGGGAGGGAAGGAUGGAGGAAAGAAGAAAGGGCCGCCGGCCAGGAAGAGCUCUGACGGGGGGAAGGCAGAGAGGAGGAAGAAGAAGGAGGAGGAGGAAGAAGAAGAGGAGAAGGGGAACAGGGAGGAGAGGACUGGGUUUGAGGAGGAAGGAGUGAUGAACGACAUGGGGCAGAGUUACUGCAGCGAGGGAUGGCACUCCAUCUGCUCGUUCUUUGUCAAAUUUUUCGAGGAAUGAUAGGAAAUUAUGAAGGCAAUGUAAUGCUCAUUUUUGAUACAUGAUAGUGCGAGUUCACAAUCUGAAACUAUAAAAAGCACCAGGCAGCUCAUUUGUAAAAAUAUUUUUGACUUUAUCUUAAACUUUGAGCUGCAUAAGUAUAAUGUAUAUCACAUUUGGAAUGGAAUAUUUGGAGUCAAUGUCAAUAAAACAAAACUUUCUUAAUAUGAAAUUUUUAGAAAUUCUGAACUUUUUACAAAUGUAGCCCACAGGCAUCUAAUCUGCUGUCAAAGCGGUAUGAUAAUUAAAACCUGGCAAUCUGAAUUAUAUAUAUAAAACCAUUAAAUCAAACCUAUCAAUACUGAAUGAAAGCCACAAUUAAUUAUAAAUGUCCCUCCCAGUCAUUAGGAAUACUGACCAUCUGCUGAUUCUGAUUAUAUUUGAGUUCAGUUUGUGUUAUUGAUCAUAUUCAGCUUCGGGAUGUGUUACAUCGUAGAAAGUUUGUUGUAGUUUGUUUUGCUCUCUAGAAAUGUUAAAUUAGAUGAAACUGUAUAAAAUGUGUAAUGUUGGAACUGUCUGACUAACAAAUAAUAAUGUUUUGGUGGACAACAAUCAAUCAAUGAUCAUCACUGAUGAUGACUGCGAUGAUAGUAGUGAUUACUAGAUGAAUAGAUGUGUUGUUUAUUCUUAUUUUUGUGAUGUGUAACUAAUAGUUUCUAAAAACUUUGUGUAACUGUUUUUUAAAACCAUCUGGUUACUGUUUGUUGUGAUUUGUGGCAGUUAGACCUGUGCAGCAUUUUUUAUAUUUUUUAAAGAAAUUUUAACACUGUUUCUGGAAUUCUAAAAUAAAAACAAGCUGCGUAAAAUAA